GCGAGGAGCAGAUCCGGUCUCUCCAUCUCCGCCGUGUGAUGCGUCAGCGUCUGUACUCUGCAUCGGUGCAUCCCCGAUUCUAUCCUGAAAUGGCGAGCGUAUCCGAUUUGUGCUUUCAAUUCUUCCUACACAGAGCUUUGCUUCUUCCCUAGGUGCAGAAACUUCGAAUAAGAAGAUUUAGACUUGCUUUCAAAGCGUUCUGUUGGGGUUUUGCGUCCAUGGCUUCAACCUCAAAGGACAAUUUCGUGGUUCUGGAGUUGAAAGAUCCUCUCGUGAUCGGUGCGGAGACUACACAGAAGGAGAUUUUCAUUUCAACCUCAGAUAUAUGUACCUGGAACCUCCCUUUAAUUCUCAGCCAUGAAAGCAUCAAAGUUAAAGCAGAGAGAAGCAGGCUCAUUCAACAUUCAACCUAUUUUAGUGGUCUCCUUGUUGGGAGUUUCAGUGAAUCUUGUUUAGAUCAUGUUUCAGUCUAUUGGAACUUGGAAACAACUGUCAAUGUUCUGAAGUUCAUAUAUGGUUGUCCCCUGGAUCUGUCAUUCAACAAUUUCCUUCCACUUUUGGAGGGUGCUUUGUUUUUUGGACUGGAUGAUCUCUUGUUGGAAUGCAAGACAUGGUUUUGUAGGACAACAUCUACUAAGGGGCUUUCUUCAGUACAAAUACCAUUGGAUUCCAUAAUUGAAAUUUGGAACUUUGGAUUAGACCAUGCAAUUGAUUUUCUUGCAGAACUAUGCACAGGCUAUUUUGCAAGGAACUUUAUGUGGGCUGUGUCAUGUAGCUCUUUUUCUUAUGUCCCUUUUAACCUGUUAUGUUCUUGCAUAGAACACCCUCAUCUAACAGUGGACAGUGAAAAGCAUCUUUGUGAAGCACUUCUUGGUUGGCUCACUAGUAAUGUGGGAUCAAUGGAAUUUUCUAGCAAUACUGAAGAUGACUAUGGUAGCAUCUUAGAAAAGGUCCAACUUAACCUUUUGCCAUUGUGGUUUGCUUCAGGGAAAAGAAGGAAUCACUACUUUUCUAAACUUGCUGAUGAGAGCACUAGUGACAUCUUUAGUCUCAUGAAAGAUCCAUCCAUGAGCUCUUGCUGUGUUCUAAGAGUUAGUGGACGGAACUCAAGGAUUCGUUUGACAGAAUACACUGAGAAAGUAGACCUUUCAGGUUGUCCACAGAUAACGUCAGCAUUUUUGCUCUCAGCACUUCCCUGUUCAAAUAACAUGGACCUCACAUUGACAGGGACACUUAAUCGGUCUUCGGUCAAGCUUCAAUGUUUUGAUGGGGCUAGGCAUCUAAUCUCUCAGAGUUUGUUCCAACUCUUGGCAUUUGAAGCAGUCUGUGAAGUAGACGUAUCCAAGUGCCCAAAUAUACAUUUUGAAGCUGCAAUUGAGUUAUUCUGCAAGUCAUUUCCAUCUUUGAAAAUAUUGAAAGCUUCUUAUUGCUCGCACUUCAAGUUGGAAACUCUGUUUCACCUGGUACGAGAAUGCCCAUUGGUCAAUGAAGUUGACUUGACCACUGAUGUUAGUCCCAUAAUUCCAACACAAGUGUCAAUAGUAUCUGCUACGGUUGAGGAGUAUCAAGAAUUAGGUGGUGUGUCUUACAAGAUUUUAAAAGAUAAACCAUUACUAUCAAGUAUCACAAAACUUGUUUUGAAAGGUCGAAGUGAUAUUGAUGAUAUGGACCUCCAAAAGCUCUCCUUGUUGUCUUCUUCCUUAUCCUACUUGAAUAUUAAAGGGUGCACUUCGGUAACUGACAUGGGUAUAUCCAAAUUAAUUUGCAAAAGCAUGAAACUUCAUUCACUUGUUGUUUCUGAUACAUAUUUUGGGAGGAAUUCUACUCUAGUUCUUUGUUCCGAUUCUCCUUUGGAUGGUUUUCCUGCGAUGCCUUGUGAACUGAAUUUUUCUACUUCAUUGGCCUUUAGACUUCAGAAACUGCAUAUUGGUGGAUGCAAGAAUGUUGAUGUAAGAUCUCUGUUACAACUUAUGUCCUGCACAUACUCAUUGAAAAGUCUGUGCUUGAGGGAGACUGUUGUUGAUGAUCAUGCUCUUAAUAACUUCUCAGGCUCUUCCUUGGAGAAGCUUGAUAUUUCUGAGACUAUGGUCUCUGGAGCUUCGUUGACUCAACUUGUCAGAAGAAAUCCUGGUUUGAAACUUUUUAAAGUAAGGAGUUGCAGGAAAUUGUCUCUCUGGGAAGGUAGACUUGAAGUAGUUGAAGCUCUGCCUUACCAUGGUUUCUCUGGUGAAGAACUGUCCUUUGAGUUAAGCAGGAGAUGUACUCUGGAAGGAGCAGAAUUUGGAUGGGGACUUUCUCCUUUCUCUUUGAAAAAUUUGGGACCGGCAAUAAGGUCCCUAAGGACCAUAACAGUAGGUCUUGGUGGAACUUUGGGCGAAUAUGGUCUGGAACUAUUACUGACAGUUUGUCCUUUGCUAGAGGCAGUGGUUCUUCAUUUUCAGGUAAUAUCUGAUAAUAUUGUGAAAAGGAUUGUGGAGUCCUUGAAACAUAUAAAAGUUUUGGGUCUGUGCUAUUGUCUUGGUGGCUUGUCUUCAUUAAGCUUCCAGCUAAGCAUGCCAAACUUAAGGAAAUUGAGGUUGGAAAGGGUGACUCCUUGGAUGACAAAUGAUGAUCUGGUUACUCUGACAAGAAGUUGUACUAGUUUGAUUGAACUUUCACUGUCAGGAUGCACCCAUCUCAAUUCGGAUUCUCAACAGAUAAUUUCAUAUGGAUGGCCAGGCUUGAUUUCUAUCCAUUUAGAGGACUGUGGAGAAGUAACAUCAGAAGGGGUUUCUUCUCUUUUUGAUUGUAAAGCUAUUGAAGACCUCUCACUACGCCAUACUGGGGAGAAUAGGGUUGAAGAGAAACUAGUUCAGGUUCAGCUUCCUCCUCUUCUUGAUCCUCCUCCGUUUCAUGUUUUCUUUUGUCAUCAUAAGGGCCAGCUGAGUUCAAGAGUCAUGGAGCAUUUUGAUGUUGUACCACCAACAUCAUCAGAUUCCUCGGGGGUAGAUCCCACCCAAGGCCGUGGAAUCCAAAGGAACUUCAUUGUUGAUGCUGCUUCAAGGUGGCCGAUGCUCCGGAAAAUAGCACUGGAUCUUUGUGAUGCAAAUGAAGGCGGGUUUGAUAGUCCAAGUUAUGCUGGCAGGUUUUCCUUGAACACUGUUAGAAUAGCAAAGUGUAAGCAACAGAGAUGUUCAUUGGACUUCCAAUGUUUUGAAAAUUGUAGAAAGUCGGUUCAUAAGGAGACCAUAAUAUUGGAAUGGAACAGCAAAGGACUCAAAACAAUAAUUGUGAAAGAGAGAGUAUAGUAGAUAAAGCAUGGAAGAGAUUCAUUUAGCUGACAGCCUGACAUAGCAGUGUCUUGUUGGGUCUUGGGUGACCUGUGAUGGAGGUUAUUAGGUAAUGGAGUUCUUGAAUUUUCAUCAGUUUCAUAUUGUACCAUACAGACAGAAACUAUUAAACUGAGACUUUCAGAUUUUUUAAUUGGUGAGUGGGGAAACAGAACAUGCACAUGGACUCCUGUUCUAGAACUAUCCAAUCUGAGCUUCACAGUUCUGGCCAAACGCACCCUUAUGUACAAG